AUGACACCCAGCUCUGAUGAUGUCCAUCAUAUGAUGGACGAAAGCUCAGCACGUUUUCACCUGAAACGAGGGAGGAAGCCUCGUGGACUGCGUCAACAUAAAUAUCGUAUAAAAGCCAAACGGCUGCAGUACGAGAUCCAUCCGUCCUCAUAUGGUGAGAUCGACCAACGAAUCUCUUCUUCAUGCACUUUCAUCCGAAAUGAAGAUCCCCCUAACAAUGCUAUCUCUGGAGAGUCAUCGAAACCAAAUUUCUCUUCGUAUCCAAGUCAACACAGUUUCUAA